CGCUUCCGACGGCUCCGGCCCCUCCGAAAGCCCCCGACGGGCCUCCAGGGGCUCCCCGCCGCUCGGGCGGGCUCUGUCUGCGGCCCCGGGCGGGCUCGCUCCGCGGGCCUGGCGCUGCUCUCCGGAGGACCGUCCCCCGCCCGCCCCGCUUGCUUCUCUCUCUCUCUCUCUCUCUCACCAAAAAGCCUGUUAGGUAUUUGAAUAGCACAAAGGAACCGCCUCGCCUCCAUUGGCCGGCUGGGCCUCUCCGGGGCGGGCACGGGCUGCCAAUCUAUCGGCAAGGCGGGCUCCCAUAGGCCGAGGGGCGCGGCGGGGGGGAAGCCCUAUAAAUAGCGGGGGUUGGUAAAGCCAGGGCUUAUUGCCUUGUGCGCUUUACCAAGCGCGGGCGGGCAGGAAGCAGCCGGAGCAGCGGGGGAAGCCGGGGAGAGCGAGCGAGGGGCGCGGUUCGGGGCUGAGGCGCCCGGGCAUGGCGAGCUGCUGAGGACGAGCCCCGCUCCACGCCGGCCUUGGGGCGGAUGCGGGCCGGACGGGGGGGCGGCGAGGGCCGGCGCUGAGAGCCCGUCGCAGCCAUCGGGAUGGAGUGCGCCCUGGACGCCCAGACCCUGAUCAGCCUCUCGCUGCGCAAGAUCCACAGCUCCCGCACGCAGCGCGGCGGCAUCAAACUCCACAAGAACCUGCUAGUCUCCUACGUCCUCCGCAACGCCCGGCAGCUCUACCUGAGCGAGCGCUACGCCGAGCUCUACCGCCGCCAGCAGCAUCACCAACACCACCAGCACCCUUACCAGGAAGGCGGCGGCGGGCUCAUCUUGGGGAUGCCGCCGGGAGCAGGCGCUUCGGCGGGCGCGAUCGCGGACUUCCGCGCGCUCCACUUGGCCGGCGAGGCGGACGAGCAAGAGGAGGGUCUCCAGCAAGGGCAGCUGCGGGGCUGCGCCCUGGCCAGGGGGGGGCCCGUCAGUGGCGAGGGGCUGGAGGGGCCCGUUUGCGCCGCGCUCCUCUCCGGCGUACCUCUCCGCCACCCCCAGGACGAGGAGCCCUUGGCGGGGCUGCCUUCGCCGCCGCUUCUCCUGCCGCCUCCCCCGGCCAUGCCAUCGGGGCUUUGCAGGGACUCUCCGCUGGCUUUCUACCACCGCGGCGCUGCCGCGACGGCUCCGUGCGCUUCGCCGGGAGUGCUUUACGCAGGGCCGCCGAGCGGCUGCGACUUCAGCGCCAGCCCCGGCGGAGGCGCCUCGUCGGGGCUGGUCCCGGCGCCGUCCGCCUCGGCCGCCGCCUCUCCGCACUGCUCGAGCCGCACCACCGUUUUGGACUUGGACACGCACGUGGUGACGACGGUGGAGAACGGCUACUUGCACCAGGACUGCUCCCCGCACUGCCCCUGCUGCGGCUGUAGCCCAGGCGCCGCGACGAUGGGCGCGCAGCCGCUACCGCCCAGCCCGGGCUCGAAGCGCAAAUACUAUCCGGGCCACGAGGCCGUCGAGGAGGAAGACGGAGAAGCAGCAGCUGUUGGCUGCAGAGGAGGCAGCGGGGGCGGAUCCGUCGGCGGGGCGGUCUCCCUCGGCGGCGACCCUCCUCUGCCUCACCCCGCCUUCGCCCCGUGCCCCAAGCGCGCCCGCUUCGAGGAUUUCGGACCCGAGCUGCAGUCCCCGCCGACCUCUCCGCCUCUUCCGACGGCGCCCACGCCGCCGCCGCCUGCAAGUUCUCCCCCGGACCCGUCCAACAUCACCAACUUGAUUUCCAUCUUCGGCUCCGGUUUUACCGGGCUGGUGAGCCGCCAGCAGCACCAGACCCACCACCAGCAGCCUCAGACGCCCCCGCCGGACUCUGACCAGCAGCCGCUGAACGGGCAGCUCUGUAGCAAGCAGGCGCUGGCCAGCUUGGGGGCUUGGACGCGGGCGAUCGUGGCCUUCUAGGGGGGAGGGCCAGAGGGACCCGACGGGGCGGGGGGGGGCGGAGGAGAGGGAAAUGCCUGCUGCUUGGCUCUCUUUGUUUUUAAGUGGGGGGGGCGACGGCGACGACCCUGAAACAAAAGACUGAAGUUGGGGUGGGGGUGGAGAGAGAAUUUGGGGGGGAGGCGGGAAGAAGCCAAGCGAAUGUUUUUUCCCGCCCCCUAAAUUGUACUAUAGAAUUUACUUCGAAGAUUUUCGCAUCUUUAUUUUUGCAGAGAUGAGGAUGAAAUCGUACCUACUUAAACAAAGCAACAGCAAGGGGAGGAAAAAUGGUUUUUUUAUGUCUUUUUGGUUUGCUUUCCUCUUCUGGGUUUGGGGUCUGGGUGGGUUCCCUUUGCUCUUUAAAUCCUUCCAGGCUUUCUUGUGUGUUUGGUUAUCCCCCCUAAAAAAUGGAGGGAGGGGGAUGGGAGGGGGAUAUGGGGAACAAGUCCUCUGUGUGCACCAUAGAGUUUUAGCCUACUUUGGGAGAGGAAGCGGGUUCCAGCCCCAGAACUGGGGGAGAUAUGGGGUGCCCAGCACUGAGGCUCUCCAAACUUGGAGAGAAAUCUAUACCUGAAGCAAAGCCCAUCUUCCCCUCCCCAAAAGAAGCCUUAUGCAGGAGUUGCAAAACUUGACACGUUCCCUUUUCCAGAACCAGAAUAUUUUGCAAGGAACGGGGAGGACUGCUUAUAUUUUAUUUUGUGCAAGCUGGGUUUGUUUGACAUCUAAAACUUCCAAAUUGCUUUUUUUCUUUUUUAAAGGUUCCCCCCCUGCUCCAACCACCUCUCUUUCUUUGCCCCCCCCCCAAAAUAAAUGGUUUGAGGCUCAGUUUCCCUUUUGUAGUGACUUGGGCUCUUGGAGUGCAGGGGGCAGGCAUUGCUGGCUCCUGGGUGUUCGUAAAUGUGGUUCUCUCCCUCCCUUUCAAAAAACAGCGCUGAAAAUGACAACAGACAACUUUUCCUGGUUGAAUGGAUAUGAUGUGAUAUUGAUGUAGCCUAAUUUGGGGGGGGUCCUCUUUUUCUCUCUCCACUUUCUUGUUCCUUGAAGUAUGUAGUUCUGUCCAACACUGCUUUCUUUUAAAAAAAAUGUUUUAAUUUUGGGGAGGGGGGGUGAAGAGAGGACAGCUGCUUGUCCCAUCAUGCAUCGCUGCCUUGCAGGUCCUCCCCCCCCCCUUUCUCAAAUCAUGUAUCUCCCACCUAGGUGUGUGCGAAUGCCACAAGUAAAUGUGUGAACACUUUUAACGUCUUUAAAUGUGGGGGAGUUCCCCCCUCCAAAAAAGAUUUGAACUCUCCUGAUUUAACCAGCAUUGUUUGGUCCUAUGUGCAAAAAAAAAAGUCUGUGUUUAUGUCACCCAUUUCUUUUUUAAAAAAAAAUUAAAUUUGUGUUCUUUUUAUUAAAGGGAAGGGGGAAAAAGAACCUUUUGUUGUAAAAAGGUGGCUUUUUCCGCUUGCCAUCCGAACUUCACAUUAAAGCACUGUGUAUAUUGAAGGGGCGCAUUGCUAAACGUUUUUCCUUUGUAUCUCUGUAUAUUUUUGUGUGUGUGCAUACUGAAUUGUAUAUCACCGGGUAAAACUGUUCAGAUUUGUUUAAAUUUAUAAUCUUAAUAAAAAGUCCAAUUAUAAAAAAGUCAA